AUGGCGACACCAAAGGCUUUAUUAACGCAGGUUCCAUUUCUUAGCGAAUCAUGUCGAGAAGUGGAUAUCGUCAACACUACCAGCCGUUACGUAUAUGAGAUGCUUGGUGCAGCUAAGAGUGGAUGUGUUCUUUGCGACAUCAUACUCAAGUCCUUAAAAUUACAGGGACUUGAGGGCCAGUCUUCUGAGUCUGUGAAAUGCCAUGUUUCGAUUCCAAAACAUGAAAUAAAAUGGAAUUUAUAUAAGUAUAAAUUUUCCUUGGGUAUUUAUACAACAGAAGGUUAG